AUGGUAGAUAAGGGUCCGGAAGUGUUUUGUAGUACAAAAGCUAAACUCCUUGCUUGUAGGAAAGCGAUUGAAUUUGCAGUGGAUGCAGGUUUCUUAGAAUUAGUUAUUGAAGGAGAUAAUAGUUUGGCUAUGACAGCUAUUUCAUCACUGAAGAUUGAUCAAUCCUUGCUAGGGAAUGUGGUUGGGGAUAUUCAACAUUUGAUUUGUAAUUUGCAAUGGGUAAGGAUUGAUUGUGUUAGAAGAGGGGGAAAUCGGGUUGCUCAUGUAUUAGCCCAAUUUGCUAGGGAUAUUACUGAGGAUAUGUAUUGGAUGGAAGAUGUUCCUCCAAUAGCUAGAGAAAGAGUGAGCCAACAAGGCCCUCAGCUUGACAAUCACUUUACAUAUGGCCAAGGCCCAAACAACCCUCCAACUACUUUCAUCUUCGGGCCCUUGUACUCGGCAUUAGAUUUGUUCCCGCUUAGUCCAAUUAAGGAUUUGACACUGGCUGCCUUGUUGUUGAGACCAUUACGUUUGUUUAGUGAUGAAGACUUGUCAAAGCAGAUAAUGCUGACUACUAAGAAGUAUGGGUCAGUUAAAAGGGUUUUCAUCAUAGCUGAAAAAGAUAAGGCGAUAAAGAGAGAUUUUCAAUUGUGGAUGAUUGAGAGAAAUCCACCCAAUGAUGUGGUGGAGAUCAAAGGAUCAGAUCACAUGGUCAUGAUGUCUAAGACAAUAGAGCUUUGGUCUCAUCUCCAAGGCAUUGCUGAGAAAUAUUCUUAA